AUGGACAGAAAACAGCAAGGAGCUCAGAGUCUCUUUCCCAGACGUGGGUUACCGGGGCCCUGCCCUGGAGCCAGACCUGGGGAGGGGCUCAUCGGCGAGCGCCAGAUGACCGAGUCUCUACCCAUGGGGCCUGGUCAGGCUGAGCCCAAACAAGCAACAUGGAACGAGGACAACUGCAAGACUACCUGUACAGGAGUCACAGUUCUGCCGUCCUCGAAGAAAGUUCCAUCUGAGAACACAGAGCCCUGUGGGUUGAGUCCAGUGCAGGGACACUGCCGCGCCGCCUUCCCCAAGUUCUACUAUGACCCAAGCUCCGCCUCCUGCCAGAGCUUCCUGUAUGGCGGUUGUGGUGGAAACGCCAACAAAUUCGACUCUGUGGAGGAGUGCAUGAACCGCUGCAGCGGGCACGCUUCGGUUGAUACUCAAGGUAAAGGUCGAAGCCACUGGACUGCAGCCUUCUUCCUCUUCGUCACUCUGGCCGUCAUGUCUGUUCUGCUGCUGGCAACACUCGUCAUCUUCACGCUGAGACGUCACCGCCUGUCCCGCCGCUCUUCUGCCAGCGAUAAGCAGGAGCUGCUUCCAGAAUCAGAUGACCUGUCCUCUCUGGACUCCAUGACCAUCCAUGAGCCCCCCAAACCAGAACCAACGGCCUGAUGGUGGGGGGGUCACAGACCCAAGCAGGGUCCAGCUCAGAACUGAUCCUUUUCAAAGGUUCUUCCUGAAAUUAAAUGAUUGUAUUUAAUGCAGCAUCUGAACGCUCCAGGAUCUGUCUCUGAUCACUUUUAUUGAUCACUUAUUGAUCAGUUGAACUUCAAGUUAAAGGUUAACCUGAACCUGGAUCUACUCUGUCCAAAUCAAUAAAUGGUAAAAGCCAGAACUUGACAUUAUUAUUAUUAUUAUUAACAAUAA